AUGUACAAGAUCCUUGAAGCACUGUCAUCCUAUGAACCUGAAUUGUUAACAUGCGCAACGCCACCUGCCGGCGUGACAGACCCAACUGCAAGAACACUAGCCUUACUAGCAGAUCUCUAUGAUAGAGAGCUGGUGGGCGUCAUUGGAUGGGCCAAACAGAUACCCGGCUUCACGGAUUUACAACUUAAUGAUCAGAUGCGGCUGCUGCAGAGCACGUGGGCGGAAAUGCUGAGCCUGAUGCUGGCGUACCGCUCGCUGCCGGCCGCCGGGCCCGGUGCGCUGCGCCUGCGCUUCGCCGUAGACCUCACGCUCGACGAGCAGCAGGCACGCGACAUCGGCGCGCUUGAUCUUUAUCUGCAGGUGUGCGGCGUGGCGCGACGGCUGGAACGCGCGGGCGCGCUGCGCGAGGAGUGCUUUCUGCUGAAGGCGCUCGCGCUCGCCAACUCGGAGGCGCGCCUCGACGAGCACGCCGCGCUGCGCCGCUUCCGCGACGCGAUCCUCGCCGCGCUCAACGACGCCACGCACGCGCUCAGGCCAUACAACGGCAACGCAGCGCUACAGCAACUGCUGCUAGUGCUGCCAGCGCUGCGGCACGCGGACGUGUCGGUGCGACGCUUCUGGGCCGCCGUACAUCGGGAUAGACGCGCGCCCAUGAACAAACUCUUCGUCGAAAUGCUGGAGGCCUGUCUCCGGUAG